AUGAAUGAGCUCCGGCCGCUUUGUCGCGUCCCGUCGCUGCCGAACCAUCAGGAGCUGAACCGUGAGGAAUCCACCUGUGACAAGUUUCGCAAAGCAGAGAAGAAGCAGAGCAGAUCUUUAUGGAAACGUAUGUACCGCCACGCCAUCUGGCCCCCUUCAAAAGACUUCAGAGAGCCAGGGCGGAGUGACAAGUACUACAUCCUGCAGGGAAACAUUACCAGAAAACCAGAGAUGUUGAGAAAGACGGCAGAAGUGGAGAUUGUGGUCAUCUCCGCUGACCCCUGCACAAACAACACGCUCCUUCUGACUGCAAUCAUGGAGGAGGAGGAGCUGGUCAUUCCAGCUGCUGUGUGGCGUGAUCGAAAGAGAAAAAGGUCAGAGGAGGGCUGCAGCCAGGCUGUCCUGUACCGAACAGACAAAUGCUCUGCCACGAAAGGACCUGCUGAAGAGCUGGAGUUUCCAAACACUGAAGCCCCAGCAAGAAAGAAGAGGAAAGUGGCAGUGGAGCAGCCCAGGAGAAAGUCUCCUAGACAGAGAAAAGGCAGCAAGCCUGACACCUUUGCCACUCGCUAUGUUCUUGGCGAAAAACUAGGCGAAGGAGGCUUUGGAUCCGUCUUCAAAGGACACCGCAUAUCUGAUGGCCUACAGGUGGCCAUCAAAAUUGUCCAAAAACUGGAUGAUGACCGAUAUGUCCAAAGCCCUGAUGAGCUAAAGGUCGUGCCUGUGGAGGUGGCUUUACUGCAGAUCAUGAGCCGGCCACCCAUCUGCAACACCGUCAUCCAGCUCAUCGAGUGGUUUGAUGAGCCUGACCGCUACAUCUUGAUCCUGGAGCGCCCUGACCCCUGCAAGAGCUUGGACGGUUUCCUUCAGGACUAUGGAGGUUACGUCACUGAGGACAUGGCGCGAGGUAUCAUGUGGCAGUCGGUGGUGGCAGCGUUACAGUGCAGCAAGCGAGGUGUCCUGCACAGGGACAUCAAACUGGAGAACUUGCUGAUCAACCUGGACACCUUGGCGGUCAAGCUGAUCGACUUUGGCUGCGGUGAUUUGAUCAAGAAAUCUGGUUAUAACAUUUUUGAAGGCACGAUUGAAUACUGCCCUCCUGAGUUUUUUCGGAAAGGGAGGUAUUAUGCUGGUCGAGCAACGGUUUGGUCCCUUGGUGUCCUGAUGUUCAGGAUGGUUUGCGGGUACCUUCCCUUUGCCAAAGAAGACAUCACUGGUGGAGCUCUGCACUUCAGAGAUGGCCUAUCUAAUGAAUGCCGCAGUCUAAUUCGUUGGUGCCUGAAGUGCAACCCAACCAGGAGACCUACUUUGCAGAAGAUGCAGCAGCAUAAUUGGUUACGGUGCAACGUGCCAGCCUAG